UUGGGAUGCAAUAGUCCGAUGUUGGCCCCUUUCUUGACGUAGAUUGACUGGACUAAGUGGGGACCAAAAUAAACGAAGAUGUCAUUCGAAUGGAUAAAAUAAGCAGCUUGUAACUGUACCAGCUAGUGUUAGCCUGGAUUUUUACCGUAGAUCAGGCCAAGUCAUGGCUAUCCUAGCCUCUGUGAUAGCGUUUGUAUCGACAAAUGCACUAUCUUUGGUGUUAGCGCUAAUUAUUUGUGCGAUACUUUAUGCUUAUUUCGUGUAUCCCUAUCUCCGUUCAACGAUGAUAGCAGCAACAGGCGAUCUGCCUGGUCCAACGGCGUUACCAUUUAUUGCCCAUUUGCAUGACCUGAUUCGGCACAAAGGACAGAUGCAAAAUCAGUUUCAAGAGUACUAUAAAAAGUAUGGCAGACUUUAUGCGAUGUUUCUCGUUGGCAAGAAGCCGAGUGUUAUCGUGGGAGAUCCCGACAUUGUGAAGAAUAUUAUGGUGAAGGAAUUCAGCUCUUUUCAGGAUAGACCGUCAUUCGACCUUGAACAACAAGAGCCAUUUAAUAGCUUCAUGACAAGAGCCAAGUAUGACAAAUGGCAUCGUAUCCGGACCUCUUUGUCGCCCGCCUUCAGUGCCCAUAAGAUGAAGCUCAUGGUACCUUUGAUCAACUCUUCGUGUGAUGUGCUUAUAAACAAACUGACAAAGAUUGCUGACAGUGGAACAUCUUUCUUUGUGCAUAAGUUUCAUCAGGGUCUAACCAUGGACACCAUCCUGAAAACAGCAUUUGGGAUCCAUUCCGAGGCGCAGACUAAUUACGAUGAUCCAGCCUUCACAGCAGCACGAAAGUCUAUGUCGACUUCACCAGCCCGCCGAGUGAUGCUUUUUCUUAUUUUUCUCAUGCCCUUCAGAAAAUAUAUCUUCCGAUGGUUUCCAUCACUUCUCAUCGGUAACUUUGAUGACAUAAUGAAAAUCACAACAAAGAUGAUUGAAGUGAAGAAAGUGAAUCCUCAUAAAGAAGCCAAGGACAUGCUUGAUUUAAUGUUGAGUGCCGCUGCAAAUGAGAACACGUCCAAGAAGCUUUCUGACAUGGAAGUCUUGGCACAAAGUUUGAUCUUCCUGAUAGCAGGCUAUGAGACCACCAAUAUCACCCUGUCCUUUGUGGCAUACUCUCUGGCCACCAACCCCGAUGUCCAGGAAAAGUUACAACGAGAGAUUGACAGCGUGUGGACAGAGGAAGAUCAGAUGCCAUCAUAUGACACAGUGCACAAUCUGCCAUAUUUGGACAUGGUCAUCUCAGAGACUCUCCGCUUGUACCCACCAGGUUUUGUGGCAUCUCGGGAGUGCACCCAAGACUGUGUCAUCAAGGGCUACAGAUUCCGCAAAGGUCUCUCCAUCUUUAUCGACGCUUACAGCAUGCAUCACGACCCCGAGUUCUGGACGGAUCCUGAGCGCUUCGACCCCGAGCGAUUCAGCCGUGAGUGCAAGCAAUCACGUGACCCGUACUCUUACCUUCCCUUUGGGCAUGGCCCGCAUAACUGCAUUGGGAUGAGGUUUGCCCAAAUGGAAAUAAAGCUAGCCCUUGUCAGAGUCCUGAGAAAGUUCAGCUACGUGGCGACCGCUGACACCCCGGCAUCCCCACCAGUUGUCGUCAGAGCACUUCUCGGUUGCGAUGAAGAUAUGCGUCUGGGGAUAAAGUUUAGGGAUUGACUACUUACCUUAUAGUACAAGCACAUUGGAUUAAGGGCAUCUAACACACCAGUAACUUUGAAUCCCCCAAAAAUAUACUUCUGUAUGUUGUUUGACGCUUAAGCAUUUUUUGCUUUUUUUAGGAGGCCAUAAAAAAAUCUAUUUUAUAUAUAUUUUGUUUUUGUUUUUACAAUAGUAAGGAAAAAUAAUUCCAAUUAACCUUAUCUCGAAAACAAAAUAUAAGACGUUUUUCGAAAGUUGAAGGCAAAUUUGACAGGGACGAUUUCUUGUUAAUCUCAUAUUUUUACGGGUAAAAAUCAUAAAGAUCUUAUUUACCAGCCAACUAAAUUGGAAUGUUUAGGUAACCUUACUUCGAACAGAUAUUUGGUAAAAAGUGAUCGUUGGACACCUUUAUGAAGACCCUUUGAAAAAUGGAUGCGAUUAAAUGUACAUCGAUUUGAAAAUUGAUUCUUAAAAAUUUUCUAUAGAAAUUAUUUGCCUGAAUAUCUCGACGAUAUAGCGACCCCGAAAAAGAUUGGUUUGAGAUAUUUUUUUGCGAAUCUGGACAAGCAAAUAAGCACUUUUAGUGUAGAGUUGGAAAUUGUAGAAAAAAAAAACAAGUAAAAUUUACUACGAAGAAACAAAAACAAAAAGCAAACAAACUACUUACAAGAGCAGUGUAAGUCCUACCAUUAAACUUGUGUUUGAUAUUACCUAGGUUACUUCAAUUACAUAUAAGAAUGAGUCUGUCGUUUGUAUUUUUGCUGUAAAUCUUGACGUUUGCCGAUAAAAAUUGUAGUUAGAAUGCAGUCGUUAACAGCGAAUUCGGCUUUCUCUUCUGCUUUUCCCCGCACUUAAAUCACUACAAGUUUACAAAAAUAGCUUUAAAACACAUAAACACAUAGUACCUACCGAAGAGAGCACCGCUUUAUCUUAUCUGUCAUUUCUGUGUUUAUUUUGGCUUGAAUUUGCCACACGAAAUGAUGUAUUGACCAGAGCCCCCUAUUGAGUAGAUAAAGAAAAAAUAAACCUAAUUACCUAUGGACUGCAUACUGAACUUCGUUUAAAUAAAACCAAUUUAGUAAUUCUACGAGCGCUGUUGAAUUCACAACAACAUGCCUCUGAAGCGGCAGUUUAGACCGCCGAAAUACAAAAAAGUAGAUAAAAAGACUAUAUUCAUAAGUAGACUAGAAGCUCAACGAAAUGGACGUUUAAAGUAUUUGCCGAAUGGCAGACACGAAGAAUAAAUGAAGAUCCGGCCAAA